UAUGCAAAAAGUUGCCUUUUGGACUAUGAUAGAUUUAGUGAUUCUGAUGACCUCUGUUUUUAUAUUUAUAACAAAAACAACAGCAGAUAUAAUAUGCUUAAAUGAUGGAGAUUGUUCAAAUUUGGAGAAUUGUACACCAAAUGGAUGCUUAUGUGAUUCAAAGUAUGGAAAAGGAAUUUGUGAAAAUAGUCAUAAUUUAAUUUUAAUAAGUAAUAAAGAGACUAAAGACUUUGGCAGAGAAAAUAUUUCAGUUACUUCAAUUGAGCAAUGCUACCAGUAUUGUUUAGCUGCAAAACAAUACGACUGCGUUGGAAUUUCGUACAAUAAUAUUACUGUCUUAUCUCAAUCUGAUUUUCAAUGUCAACUUUAUAGUGAAAUAUCCUACCCAUUGGAGGAAAAGGAGCAUUCAUUUUUAAUUAUUCAUAAAGAUAAAGAAUUUGGAGUUUGCGGGACAGAUUUAAACGUACCACCACCUUUGCAACAAUGUUAUACCUUUAUUUGGAUAGAUGGCGGCUGUUCCACAGAUAAUUUUAAGCCUACCUCCAAUCAGGAAACAUUGACUAUUUCAGAGUUUAAGAAUUACACUUCAGAAAUGUUUAUGUUGGCUGAGUCGAAAAUUAAGAAAAACUCACAAUCGGAAUUUUAUAGGCAAAUUUGCUUUGAAAAUGCAGUCAAUAACCAGAACAUAGCAUUUAAUAGGCCUGUUACGUCUACAGGAACAUUUGACAGUCCAUUACUCCAUACAAGCCAUGUAGUAGAUGGAUUGCAUCAUAAUGAUAUUUCAUUAGGCUCCUGCUUAAUAUUAAAACCUAUAGAUUCUUUAAAGCCCGAACUCCAAAUUUCAUUUAUAUCAUAUAAUAUUAUAAAGAAAGUCAUUUUAUGGCCAACAAAUGAAAAAGUGAAUCAACUAUUGAAAAUCUACACAUCAACAAAAACUAAUAUUUGCUCUGAUAAUAUUCAAAUAAUAAAUAGUUCAAAAGUUGAAAUUUAUUGUAAACAACAGAAGUAUGAAAGAAGCAAUAAAAUAUCAGUUGAAUCAAAACUACUCAGCUCCAUCCAUCUAUGUGAAAUAGAAGUAUUUAGUGAAAAUAUUGCCUUUUUUAAACCAACCAUAUCAAAAUUUUCAAAAAAUUGGCUAGAAAGAGUAACAAAUAGACAUACUUCUAAAGCUGCACAUUUAUAUGUUGGAAGCACUACUUAUUGGGUUGCAAUUAACCUUUUAGGGUAUUUUAAUGUCUUUGGUGUAGAUUUUAGAUGCGUCAAAAAACAUGUAGCAAAAUUACAAAAUGUUUAUAUUGAAAUAACAAAUGAAAAUCCAUCUUUGGAAUAUAAUUCUUCAGAAUAUCAGCUAUGUGCCAGAAUAAAUGAUAUUCCAACACUCACCAAUGAGUUUUACUCAAUACUAUGCACAAAGAGAGGUGUCGAAGGUCAAUUUGUUGUAUUUCGUAGUAUUCAUAGUCCAUAUAAAACUAUAUUUGUUAAAGAAAUUGAAAUAUUUGGACAUUAUAUAAAACCUUCCGAUCCGAAAAACAAUAAUAUACUAUUAAACAAACCAGUAUGGCCAUCCUCUAAUCAUAUAAGUUAUUUAUACACUGGCUACAGAUUAACUAAUGGAAAAUAUAAUGAUCUUUUUCAUACUACAAAGGAGAGAAAGUCUUGGGCAAGAGUAGAUUUACUUGGAAUAUUUCAAAUUUUUUCAAUGGCUAUCUUAAACAGAGAUGAAGAAUUUCAUCAAAGAGCAAGAUACAUUCGAGGUUUUACAACAAAUCAAAGUCGAUUUAAUAUUGAAGAACACGAUUUAUAUUCUCAAUUAUGUUUUACUAAUAUUGAAACCUUUUUAAGCGGGGAAUAUAGAAUGUGGAAAUGUCAACAACCCAAUCCAAUUGGACGAUUUAUUACUAUCUAUCUUCAGGCAGAUGAAGAAAUUAUUAAUCUUAGAGAACUUGAAGCAUAUGGUGAAGAAAUAAAUAAUUUUGACUUUCAUCUUUUACCAUUGGUUAAAAGUGAUAGAAAUUUCCACACUUCAUUUUUUUCUGAUGAAGAUCCGGCAGACCAAUUCCCUGUAAAAAUAAUUGAUAAGUUAGCACUUAACAAACAUGGAGGAGAAGAGUUUUCAUCUUGUUCUGGAAUUUUUAUCGACAGCAACCUUGAAGGGAGAAUUACCAUUUAUCUGGAUGACUAUUAUUUGAUGGAGGAAGUUAUUCUACUCGCUCCAUUUCCUUUAGUUAAAGGUGUCAAUCUCUUUCUUCCUCUCUAA